AUGGCCGCCCUCCCGACAGGCACACCGAACGCUUCUACAGCCUCACUCACCCUCUACCCGCCCUCAUCACCACAAGAAGAGUCCUUCACAUUCGGCCCGGAAGACGGAUAUGAUCUCGUAUCACCGUCAGACCUCGAAGCACCGGAAGUGGAGCACAAGGAACGCGCUCCGCCCCCGCAACUACCGGCAUGGCUUUGCGUACCGGCGAUGUUGACGCCCAGCCUCUCCCUAGGCGCCCUCCUUCUCCCCCACACACUCGAAUCAUUCCCGAUUCUCCUCGGCGCUGGACUGCUCCUGCUUGCGAUUGUCAUCGCUGCUGGUGUGCAGAGUAUAUGGCGCGGCGCGGGGAGAUACGUGCGGAGGGAUACCGUGGAGGAACGGGUGGCUGAAGCGGUGUGCGGGAGUGGACGUGGGAUCAGGCGGGAGAAGUGGAAGAAGCUCGUCAGUGGACUCAUCAGGAUGGGCAUGCUGUCGACUGGUCUGGGACUCUGUGUUGUCUAUCUGCGAUCUGCCGUGCAAUUGCUUGUACCACAUAUCUCACCGCAUAUCGAUUCUUCGGCGGUCAGCCCUCUGCUGGGACUUGGAUUCUCGUUUCUUUUGAUACCUUUUGUUUGCAUCCAGCAACCACUGCGAUACCUUCCGCUCCUUCACAUCGCCGCGUACAUCGCAUUUCUCAUCUGUUCCCUCGUCUCACUCUUCGGUUCGCGAUCCGAGGGUGUAGCAGCUGCCUCGGCAGAGGUGCUCACUCCCACCUUCUCGACCAUCUUCCAUCAGCCGCGGGCAGCGCUCACGGUGAACACGUUCUUCCAAUCGAUCGCCACCCUCCUCAUCCUACCUAUCAUGCUCGCACCCCCCUCCUUUCCCGCAGUAAGACCGAUCAUUCCCGCACUCUCGGCGUGCCUCGGCCCCGUCCUCCUUCUCCCACUAGUCCUCCUCCCCUCGACCUACCCAGCCCCCGCCUCCCUCCCCACCGUCCUCCUCUCCUCUCUCCUCCUCUUCCUCUCCUCGAUCCGCGUUUCCCGCAGCGUGAUUCGCCCCCGUUCUCCAGGGAUAAAGCUCUCCGUCCUCCUCUGGGCGCUGGGCAGCGCGCUCACCUCUUUCCCCGAAGCGUGGGGCACAAGCGCCCUAGUGUGGGACUUCACCCUCUCCUCUCUCCUGUACUUCGGCUACGUCCUCCCCUCCCUCGUCCAUCUCAUACUCCACCAUCUUCGCUCUCCGCUAUCGAUCCUAUUCCCCACCAGUGCACCGCUGGAUGGGGCACACGACGCGCUGUUGCUCAAGAAGGAAAGGAGCAUGCAGCUGAAGAGGGAGACGAAGCGCGUCCUUCAGGAUUUGUUGUUGUUUGGCGUGUUGUUACCUGGGGGGUUGACAGUUUGGGGCUGGUCGUUGGGCAGGUUUGUGAGGAUUUGGUAG